UCCGAAGAACUCCAGGAGCGCCAGGAGGACGGGGAAGGCUGCGCCAUCACGCCCGGCGGGACAACAUGAAGCCCGACGGAAAGGUGGUGCUGUUGGGCGACAUGAACGUGGGCAAGACGUCCCUGCUCCACCGCUACAUGGAGCGGCGCUUCCAGGACACCGUCAGCACCGUCGGGGGCGCCUUCUACCUCAAGCAGUGGGGCCCCCACAACAUCUCGGUUUGGGACACGGCAGGUCGGGAGCAGUUCCACGGCCUUGGGUCCAUGUACUGCCGAGGAGCAGCAGCUGUCAUUCUCACAUAUGAUGUAACUAACUUACAGAGCAUGGUGGAACUUGAGGAUAGAUUCUUGGCAUUAACAGAUUCCGCCAGCCCAGAUUGUCUCUUUGUUAUUGCUGGGAACAAAGUUGACCUGACAGAUGCAGGUGCCUCUUUGCCAGAAUCAGAAGACAAGCAUCAGUUUGAGAAACCCUCCAACAGUUCCAUUUCUACAAAGGUGAAAAAACAAGUCCAUAUGAAUGAUGCUGCUGCAUUUUAUAGGAAAAUCCUCAAGUAUAAAAUGUUGGAUGAGGUAAAUGCUCCAGCAGCAGAAAAAAUGUGUUUUGAAACUAGUGCGAAAACUGGUUAUAAUGUGGACCAUCUUUUUGAAAAUGUAUUUGAAAUGAUACUACCGGUAAUUUUGCAACAAAAAGCUGAAGGCUUGCCACAAACAGUAGACUUAAAUAACUGCAAGACUGCUAAAAACACACACACUGCAUGCUGCAGAUAACUCUGAAUGCAUUUUUACACCAAUUGAAGGACAAUGCAGAAAAAGUUUUACAACAAUGCAAAAGUGUUACAAUACUGCAAAGAGAAAUGUUGAAUGAAGACAAUGCAAAAAUAACAAGGGCAACCAGACAAACUGCAUCUUCUAUAAAAAUGAAUUUUUGUAACAAUUACUGUAAAUGAUGUAAUGAGAAAGAAACUUCAGUGAAGGGGAGCUUGGAGUCAAUUAUUGAAAGCUUUUAAAGUCCACUGUGAUUUUUUUGCCCCCUGCAUUAAAUUUAUGAUACUAUAUGCUGUUUUACACAUGAAUCUUUAGUAUUUGUUUUGGCAAGAAGCUUUUGAUAUGAGGCAUUCACUAUGUAGAGGAAUUUAUAAAUGAAGAAAUAGAUUUCAGGAAGGAGAUAGCUGUUGAUCAGCCAUUUCACACCAUAUUUUUUCAGCAAAAUAAUAACUAAUUCUUUUCUUUUCUCCCUCCUCAUUAAUUGCAUGGUUGUGGGCCACCGGAGCCAGACCAAAAAAGGAAGUCAGAUGAAUAGAAUGGGAUUGGAUCACUGUCAAUAUAGAGUCACUAUCAAUAUAGGCCAGACAUUUGUUAGGCAAAAAUUUAUUCCCCAUUUCUCCUAUAACAAAAUGCACCCAAAGGAAUUCACAAAGUAGUCUGCAGUUUUAGGUUAAUCUGAACUCAAGGGUGAAUUGGUGGUAUUGGAACUAAUAAUGUUUAUAAUUGUACUAUUAGCUUCAAUCUUUGAAAUUCCAGGGGCUUGAUGAGUUAUUUAUGUUCUAAAUCAGUAAGAGUGGAUACUUUUGGUUAUUAGUAGAUCAGAUUCUGGUGAAAUUAUUUAAACAUAUUUUUGUUAAAUUAUGAAUAAUUAACAGAGUCAUAAAAGUGGAUGUGAGUACAUGGCUAGGGGGAACAUUUAAUUUGUAAAAGUGGGUGAGGACAGGGAAGAAAAUAGAUGUGUUUUGUUAUGGAGAUGAUUGCAAUAUAACAGGAACUUGAUUGUUAGAGAAUCAAAAUUAUUUUAAUACUUUGGUUGUAAUCAGUGAUGACAAUGUAUUGGUGAUAGUAGUGAUUUUUCAAUGCUGUUGUUGGGGAAUUAUAUAAAAAUAUCAACUUAAUUUUUUCCUUGUUAGGAGAUUACUUUUUCUAAAGAUCUGCAGUUAUCUCCACAUUUUCUGAAUGUAAAAGAAGUUACUAUGAAGCUGAUCAAUCUAUUGACACAAAACAGCUCUUUACCUCUGUCUAUUUUUUAAACUAUUUAUAUUUGCAAUAAAAUUUACUAAUUA